UAUAGGGCUGUUACCAAAUUAAAUAAUUUACACUGAAAAAGUACAACUACAUUCAAUAAUGUUAUGAGAUUCUUUAAAUAAUUUUGAAUAUACAAAUAAGAAAUGUUGGUGGGAAAUUUAUACUUUUAGACAUGAAAUUAAACCGUCAAUAGAUGGCGGCAAGUGACCGCCUUAAUCAGUGAGCCACUGAGUCAUUUAUUCAAACGAUUCAUUCAAAAGGCUGAAUCAAGAAUGAAGCAGUGUUCGGGCCAUUGAAUCUUCACUCAACCGAUUCGUUCAAAACGCUGAAUCAUUCGAAAGGGAUGAGCGUAGCUGCGAGAUGCGCUUGUUCUGGUUUGUUUGGAACUAUUUUCGCUGCUACAAUAGAACAAAAACAGGCAAUAUUACACCUAAAACACAGCCAUAAAGCAGCUAAAUGGGGAAUAAAAUGAUGAAGAUGCAGACGCACAAGAGGAACAUUAAUCUGAGUGAGAUGGAAAAUCCGCUGACAGCCCUGCUGGCUUCAGGACACUUCCUGGGAGGAAUUUCCGCAGUGGAUACUUCAUCCAGCAAUCGCCAAAAGGGUUAUCUGUUCUCACGGUCGGUGAUGGUGUGACAGACACAUCUUUCACGCUCUGAUCUUCCCGAGGGGAAGCCACUGAGGAUUAGCUGGCAGAUGAUGCAUCAGAGGGAGGAGGAAAGGCCGUGUUUUUCUGCUGUCCCUGUGUCACAGAGAGCUUCUGAGGAGCAUUCAGCUGCCAGCAGCAUCAGCGGGCCUCAGCCAUCCAGCUGUUCACCUCACUGCCACGGCUAAAGUGAUGAGUCCCAGCCUUUCCUUUCAGGACUAAAAGUGGACUGGAUGUCAAUGGGCUGGACUAUGAUUCUAAAAGAUGACUCUGGUGUAACGGGCUGGACAUGGCGUGUUGGGAACUACCUGCUGCUCUCUAUGUCUCUAAUUGGAAUGCAAGUGAGGUCGGACCUGGAAUUUCCAAAGGACAGGCACUAUACAUGGAAAACGGGUCAGUGGGGCAGGUGUAUGGGGGAAGAAUGUGGAACUGGUGGGGUUCAGUCCAGGACGGUGUGGUGCAUCCACUCAGAAGGCUGGACCACGCACCACUCCAACUGCCGGCACGCAGACAAACCUGAAAGCCAGAGGCCAUGUUUUAAAGUGUGUGAAUGGCACCAGGAUCUCUUCGAAUGGGAGGUGUCAGAAUGGGGGCCGUGCGUUCUAGCCCCCUUCCAGUCCAACGAGCUCAAACCGCGAAUUGCGGAGUGCAUCACGGCCCAGCAUGGCAUCCAAAGACGGAAAAUCCAUUGCGUGCGCACCUCAAACCGCACGGCGGUUACGGAAAGGAUAUGCGAGUUCUUCUCCCCAAGACCGGCGCUAGAGCAGGCCUGCUUGAUCCCCUGCCCUCACGACUGCGUUGUGUCUGAUUUCUCCUCCUGGUCCGGCUGCAGUCGAACAUGCGGCUCGGGUCUCCAGCAUCGGACCAGACAUGUGCUAGCUGCGCCGAUGUACGGAGGUGCUAACUGCCCUAACCUCACCCAAACGAGGAUUUGCGCAAACCUUUUGCCCUGUCCGGUAGGAGAAAGCGAGCAUCACUACAGCCUUAAAGUCGGCCCCUGGAGCGAGUGCAGGCAGCCGCAACACAAGGGGCUUUGGAUGAGCGGAAGGACCAUGCUGGACUUCAGCACAGGAGAUACCGAGAGGAACACCGUGAAACGGCAUAUCCAGAGCUCCCAGCACCACCAUCACCACCUCCACCACCACCACCACCACAGCCUCAAGGGCUUGGACGUGGAAAUCGGCUACCAGACGCGGCAAGUUCGCUGUGUGCGCAGCGACGGCAAGAACGCCAUGCUGAGUCUUUGUACCCUUGACAACGGCCCUGGAACAUUCCAGUCGUGCAUUAUGCCCAGAGACUGCGAGACAUCUGAUUGGUCCGUUUGGAGUCCAUGUUCAAAGACAUGUAGGGCAUCAGAUAUGUCGCCUGGUUUUCGAGUCAGGACUCGAAGCAUAACACAAACUCCCAUUGGACUAGGCAAAGAAUGCGCUGCUCUCGAAGAAAAGGAAGCCUGCAACAUCAUCGGAGAUUUACUUCCAAACUGCCCUAGGUAUGUGUGGAAGAGCACAGAUUGGGGGGACUGUCAAGUGGUCCCUCUCCUCAGCCAGCAGGACAGAAGGCUUAACAAUGUUAGUGUUCUCUGUGGUGGAGGGAUUCAGACCAGGCAGCUGUACUGCGUCCAGGUCCCAGACAACUCCACCCUUCAUCACAGAAAAGAGGUGUCUAGGCCUGUAAGUGGGCUUCUGUGUGCGGGAGAUUUGCCGUCUGCGGUGCAGCCCUGCUCCAUACCGUGCCCACAGCUGUGCCUGCUCUCAUCCUGGUCCUCCUGGGGGGCCUGUCUCCACGACAACUGCAUGGAGACACAUGGACGAAAAGGCUACAAGCAGAGAAGGAGAGAGGUGCUGGAGGAAGGAUCUGGAACAGAAAACUGUGCCCAUCUCCUGGAGUCAAUGCCCUGUGAGGAUCCAGUGUGCUUUUUGUGGCAGGUGCUGUUUGAGAGCGCUUGUGUGCCCAACACAGGGAAUUGUGGAAAUGGAACCAGGACUCAAACUGUGGCUUGUGUCAACUCACAAGGGCAGCUUGUUCCUGAGGAACUCUGUGAAGAUGAGCCACCCCCUAAAGAGGUGUCCUGUGUAAUGGCGUGUUCAGGUGACUGUGUGCUCAGCUCAUGGUCUGAUUGGUCAUCCUGCUCCCACAGCUGCUCCAGUAAAAACUCAGAGGGCAGACAAAGCCGCACACGGAUCAUAUUAGGAUUACCAGGAGAAGCUAAGGCAUGUCCAGCUGCUACUGCUCUGGAGGAGUGGAGAACUUGUAAUGAUCAUCCAUGCAUCACAUUCUACUGGGAAGCGUCGCCAUGGGGACCAUGCAUUGAAGACUCCUCCAUGAAUCUAAAUGGCACCAGCUACUGGAACGGAACGGCCACCUGUGCUGUCGGGGUGCAGAUUCGUAAAGUGGUCUGCAUGAAAAUGGGCGUUGGGCCGGUUAUUCCCAAAAGGUGUCCAGAAUCUGCCCGACCGGACACCAUUCAACCCUGUUUACUGGCCUGUAGGAAAGAUUGCAUUGUGACUCCUUUCAGUGAAUGGACAGCCUGCCCUACCACAUGCCUGCCAGUGAACAGCACCGUGCCCUCACAGUCACGAUACAGGAUCAUCAUCCAGCGGGCGGCCAAUGGGGGUCAAGAGUGUCCAGAUACUUUAUAUGAGGAGAGAGAAUGUGAGGCUCUUCUGCUUUGUCCCACUUACAGUUGGAAGACACACAGAUGGCAUCCAUGUACUCUGGUCCCAGAUUCUGUCCAGCAGGGAAUGACGGGAGCGAGUGAAUCGUGUGGUAAAGGAUUAGAGAUGAGAGGAGUGAGCUGUGUGGAUGAGUAUGAUGAGAUGGCAGCCGUGUCAGAGUGUCUCCGGUGGGCCGGGCCGAUGCCGUCACGCUUCAGGAGCUGCUGGGUGCCUUGCAGGGAUGACUGCACCUUCAGUUCCUGGUCUAAAUUCUCUGAAUGCUCUGGAUGUGGGAGCCGACAUACCCGCAAACGCACCCUAACAGGUCGGAGCCGAAAACAGGACCGCUGUCUGCGGGAAGACUUGUAUCCUCUGGUGGAGACCGAGCCCUGUCCGUGUGAGGAGUUUGUUUCUCAGCCAUAUGGUAACUGGUCAUCUUGUAUCCUGUCGGAGACCCAGGCGCAAGGAUCCCUCCAGGGUUGGAGGGGUCGCAGAGAGGCACGUGACUGUGGUCAGGGAUUGCGUUAUCGUGCCGUGGCCUGUCUGGACCAUGAAGCCCACCUGGUUAGCCCAGACCUUUGUAGCGAAUCAGGUCUGGUGGAGGAGGUCUGCCACGUGCCCUGCCCUCUGGACUGCAAGCUGAGCGACUGGUCACCAUGGUCGGCCUGCAGUGCCUCCUGCGGCAGCGGGCUGAAAAUCAGGUCAAAAUGGCUUCGGGAGAAGCCGUUCAACGGCGGGCGGCCAUGCCCCAAACUAGACCUCAAGAAUCAGGCUCAGGUGUAUGAGGCUGUACCCUGUCGAAGCGAGUGUGGUGAGUACGAGUGGGUAACAGACCCUUGGUCAGUUUGCACCAUCAACACAGUGGACGAGCUGCCAGCCUGUGGAGAGGGUGUCCAAAGCCGCAAGAUCCGGUGUGUGAGGCGUGGUAGUGGGGAUCUGGUUAGCAGUGUGAAUGAGACCCUGUGUGACCAGGAAGAAAGCCCUCCCCAAGCUCAGACCUGUGUCCUGCCGUGCCCUGAUGACUGUGUGAUGUCCCAGUGGAGUCAAUGGAGCACCUGUUCAAUACCAUGUGACGAAAGCACAUCGAGGAUGAGGACGAGACACAUGCUGCGUCCCCCGGUGGCCGACAGAGUGUGUCCAGACAAUAACCAGACAGAGCCCUGCAGCCUCAACAGCACCUGCUUCAAUUAUCACUACAAUGUCUCCAGCUGGAGCACCUGUCAGCUGAGCGAACAUGCCAUCUGCGGCCAGGGCACGAGGACACGACUCUUAGAUUGCAUCCGCAGUGAUGGCAAAGUGGUGGAUCUGAGCGUGUGCGAGGAGCUGGGCCUGCCUCAGCCAUGGAGACUGGCGAUGGACUGUGUGGUGGACUGCCCUUUUAACUGCAUCCUGUCUGACUGGGCGCCCUGGACAGAGUGCUCACACACCUGUGGCAGUAAAGGUGUUAUGACUCGCUCUCGCAGUGUGUUACAGCAAGCUCAUGAGGAGGGACGCCCGUGCGCCUCCCAGCUCUCCCAGACCAAACCCUGUCCCAUCAGCCCCUGCUACACAUGGCUUGUGAGCGAUUGGUCUCCCUGCAGAGUGGAGGGAGCAGAAUGUGGAGAGGGCACGAGGGAGAGGAACCUGACGUGUGUGGUGCACUGGUCAGACUGGCCGGAGAGCCCACACCCUUCUAAAGUGGUGGAGGACGAGAAGUGUGGAGACCGUGUGAGAAAGGAAAGCGAGCAGGAACUGCAGCAGCCAUGUUUCGUCCCCUGUCCAGGAGACUGUCACCUUACAGAGUGGUCGCUGUGGAGUUCCUGUCAGCUGACAUGUCUGGAAGGACGUAGUUUCGAGACGGUUGGCCGCCAGGCACGUUCACAGGCUGUGGUCAUACAAGUGCUGGAGAAUCAGGACAGCUGCCCUCACCAGGUCUUUGAGACACGUCCAUGUAAAGGAGGGAAAUGUCAUAGUUACGAGUGGAGGACCAGUGCCUGGAAUGACAACGAAAGAUCAGUGUGGUGCCAGCGGUCUGAUGGGGUCAAUGUGACAGGGGGCUGCUUUCCACAGAACCGGCCAACCACUGUGCGGCACUGUCACCCUCCCUGCACCAAACCCUUCUCCCACUGCAAGCAGAGCGGCGUGUGUGGCUGCGAGAAGGGCUACACUGAAGUAAUGACCACACAUGGAUUUCUGGAUUACUGCACCAAGACCCCAGGUGCUGACAACAAGAAGGCAGAUGUGAAGACCAGCUCGGGAAGAUUAAAACCAGGCACCACUCAGAUCCAGGACUUCUUCGGCGAGUGGUCCCUGCAGCCGCUCGGCCCAGUGGUGAUCACAACCCUGUUUUCUGAUCACGCAGAUGGAAGAAUAAAGCUGUGGGUCUAUGGGUUAACAGCCGGCGGAUUCAUUCUCAUAUUAUUAAUAAUUGCUGUGGCCUUUCUGUUUUGCAACAAACCGUCCAAACAGAGUAAAAGUGCAUCUCCACCAUCGAAGCCCUUGACUCUGGCCUAUGAUGGGGAUGUGGACAUGUGAUCAAGCCCUCUGUGGCUGUACAUUCGAAGCACAAGCUGGACUACGUGCAACAUUUUAAAAUGUUCAUCUUUCCAAGGCACCCUUUGGAUUUCCCAAAAAAAAAAAAAAAAAAAGAAAAAAAGAAGAGAGACAAGGAGUAACAGACAUAAAAUUUGCAGCAUACACAAAGCGUUGUGUGAGACUGCUAAGACAAAGGUUUUGGAUCGGUGGUUGUUGUGAAAAUUGUGACAUUUAAAGAGAGUGCGAGACACAGCUGACAUUCCACGGACCAGAUGGAGGACUUUGACAUUUUCUUGCCGUGAUUUUUCUUACAUCAUAAAAAAAAAGAGGAGAAAAGAACACAAGUUCAAGUUGUGCCGAAUCUAUGUAUCAGUCGCGUUAAAAGCCUAGUUCACCCAAAAAUGAAAAUGGUCAUCAUUUACUCAAGAUCAUGUUGUACCAAACCUGUCAGUGAAAUGAACGGACUAGUCCAGUUUGAGAAAUGAUUCAGUCUGUAUCAAUCAAUUCAUUGAAAAGAGAUUACUCAAAAGAACUGUUUGUUCAAGAAUGUCAAUUUGAAUGUCAAGAUUUGCAGUGAAUAAUGACUUAAAUUGCACACAAAGUUAUGGCAUGAUUGAGAAGACUUGGAAUAUAGUGCAGAAGUUGUAAUUGUAUUAUUCCAUAAUAAUAAUACUUUCAUUAUGCUUUUAAAGUACUUCCUUUUUUAAGCUUAAAGGGUUAGUUCACCCAAAAAUGAAAAUUCUGUCAUUUAUUACUCACCCUCAUGUUGUUCCACACCCGUAAGACCUUCGUUCAUCUUCAGAAC